AUGCCUCCCCGUUCACACGCUCACGCGUCUUCGUCGAAGACAACGAAAAAGGGGAAAGCCAGGGCUCUCUCAGAGCAAGAAGACGAGCAACAACCUUCACAAACAGCGAUCAAGAACCAUCCCGCGAAGAAGGCCAAGACUGACUACACCGCCGAGCCUCCUUCCGACACCACGCGUCCAAGCAAAGACAAAGGCAAAGGCCGCGCUGCUCCUGAGAGCUCGCGUCGUACGGGCGGCAAGCAAAGGCAGCUCUUCCAAGAGGACUUUGACGAUCUGCCUUACGACGCGUCGAGUGGAGGAAGCGGUGAUCAGUACUAUGAGUUCAUGCCCAAGAACCACGCGGAGGAGUUGACUGCGAGACUGGAGGAUGUUUUGAAGGAACAGGAUGCGUCGGAGGGCAGCUUGUUUCACGAAAAGGGAUCGGCGAAACGCGACGUGAAGAAGAAGGUCGAGAAGACGGUGGAGGAGAGGGCUAAGGAGGAGGAGGCGAAGAAGAAGGCGGACAGGGCUGUCCUGCUCAACCUCAAGCGCUUGAUGGAGGAGACGACGAGUGAGGAGGAUGCUGAGGUGGCGGAUGAUGAGAAGGAGGGUGCUUGA